CUCUUACAUGGCAGAUAGGCGAGGACCCCACCGCGAGAUAGCCUCAUAGUAGCUACAUACUUUCUUAUACCUAUAAGAUCUAUCACAACCCCUAUACAAGUUUCUGUGCCAUAAAAACUCUAAAUAUGAUAGUACUAUAACCAUAUAUUUUAAACAAGCUGCGGCAACCAUCCUUCAAGACUUUAACUAUAAAAUCUAUAAAAGCCGCCUAGGUCAAGUGUUUCUAUUACUUACAUAUCAAAAUAGCCCCGCAGCCAGCACAGCGCUAUACCCUACUGCUAUAGAUCACAAUAGACGAAACGAAACAAAGACAAGCCAAGCCAUGGCAAAACACACCACCACCCCCCUCCUAGCCAUCGGCUGCGAAGGCAGCGCCAACAAACUCGGCAUCGGCAUAAUAUCGCACGACCCAACCACCGGCAAAUCCACCAUCCUAGCCAACAUCCGCGACACAUUCGUAUCCCCCCCCGGAACCGGGUUCCUCCCCAAAGACACAGCGCGGCACCACCGCGCAUUCUUCGCCCGCGUCGCGCGCGCCGCCCUAGCCGCCGCCGGGAUAACCCGCCCCGAGCAGCAGCUCCACUGCGUAUGCUACACGAAGGGCCCCGGCAUGGGCGCCCCCCUGCAAUCCGUCGCCGUAGCCGCGCGCACCGUCGCCCUGCUCUGGGGCCUCCCCCUCGUCGGCGUGAACCACUGCGUCGGACACAUCGAGAUGGGCCGCGAGAUCACGGGGGCCACGGACCCGGUCGUGCUGUACGUGUCGGGCGGCAACACGCAGGUGAUCGCGUACGCGGAGCGGCGGUACCGCAUCUUCGGCGAGACGCUAGACAUUGCCGUAGGCAACUGUCUCGACCGGUUUGCGCGCACGCUGGCUAUCAGCAACGACCCGGCUCCGGGGUAUAAUAUCGAGCUGCUAGCUCGUCGGUCCUCGGGUCGCGUCUUGCUUGAUUUGCCGUACGCGGUUAAGGGUAUGGAUUGUAGUUUCAGCGGUAUCCUGACGGCGGCCGAUUUGCUAGCCGCGCAGAUGCGCGCGCAGGAGGCGCGCGUUGCGGCGGGCGAGGAGGUCAAGGAGGAGGAUAGGAUUACGCCUGAGGACCUGUGUUACAGCCUCCAGGAGACUAUUUUUGCCAUGCUCGUCGAGAUCACCGAACGCGCUAUGGCACACGUGGGCAGUAACCAGGUGCUCAUUGUAGGUGGCGUAGGAUGUAACGAACGUCUACAAGAGAUGAUGGGACAGAUGGCUAAGGAGAGAGGCGGAAGCGUAUAUGCGACUGACGAGCGCUUUUGCAUUGACAAUGGCAUUAUGAUCGCCCAUGCAGGUCUACUUGCCUAUGAGACAGGAUUCCGUACUCCCCUAGAGGACAGUACUUGUACGCAACGAUUCAGAACAGAUGAAGUCUAUGUCAAAUGGAGAGAUUAAGAGCA